AUGGCGGAUAUUUCACCCAGGUCGGAUGAUUUGGAUACGACUUGGACUUUCAUAGAACCUGGUAUCAACCAGAUAUUAGGCCGCGACAGUACGUCCAUAUCUAAGAGAGUAGAUAGAGUACUGUCACCAACAAUGUACAUGGAAGUCUACACAGCCAUUUAUAACUAUUGUGUUAACAAAUCCAAGUCAGCUGGUCAGUUCAAUGCUGAUAAACAGGAAAGCCAAUCGUCCAUCUUAGUUGGUAGUGAAAUAUACGAGAGACUGAAAACAUAUCUCAGGAAUUACAUAUCUGCUUUUGAAAAGGAUGAUAAUGAAACAUUUUUACAGUUUUAUGUUAGGCGCUGGAAAAGGUUUACUAUUGGUGCAAUAUUUUUGAACCAUGCUUUCGAUUAUAUGAACAGAUAUUGGGUCCAAAAAGAAAGAAGUGAUGGAAAGAGACACAUCUUUGAUGUUAACACAUUAUGCUUGAUGACAUGGAAAGAGGUUAUGCUUGAUCCCAACAGUGAUGAUUUGGUGAAAGAAAUACUAAACCAAAUAACUUUAGAAAGAGACGGAAAUAUUAUACAGAAGAAUAAUGUAACGGUUGCUAUCAAAUCCUUCGUUGCAUUGGGAAUUGACCCGCAAGAUCUGAAGAAGCUGAAUUUGAACGUGUACAUCAAAAUAUUUGAGAGACCAUUCCUGAAGACAACAGAGGAGUAUUAUAAGCGUUAUUCAGUUGAUUAUUUGACCAAACAUUCUGUGACAGAAUAUAUUUUUGAGGCACGGGAAAUUAUAUCACAUGAGGAAAAGGGGAUGGUAAUGUAUUGGGCCGAUCAUACAAAGAAGCCGGUAUCCGAGACUUUAAACUCCGUCUUGAUUACAGAACACUCACAAGAGUUAGAAGCAGAAUUCAUAAUUUUGUUGGACUCGAGAGAAAAUUCCAAAAUAGCUGCUGUCUAUCAGCUAAUGCAGAGAGAUUUUACCUUACUGCCGCAGUUAGCUAACGCAUAUGAGCAGUAUGUGAGGAAAUGUGGUGAGAAUGAGAUUUCUGAGUUAAUUGCUGUUCAAAAAGCGUCAAUUCUUAAUUCAUCCGCAUCGCAAGAUCAGCAUCCCAGUGGUAGUACAGUUAAAGAUAGCAAGAAAUCAAUGAACCAAGCAAUGAAUUCUGUGUCCCCAAAAGACUACGUUAAAAAAUUACUUGAAGUUUAUAGUAUAUUCCGCGAUAUGACAAACGAGUGUUUUUCAAAUGAUCCUUUAUUCACCAAAGCGCUUGAUAACGCAUGUAGAGCCUAUGUUAAUAAUAAUGAAUUUGCAUUGCCACCAGGUUCACUAAGAUCUGCUACUUCUAAGACUCCUGAAAUGUUAGCUAAGUAUAGCGACCAACUACUGAAGAAAUCAACAAAGCCCGAAAUAGCUAGUGAUAUGAGUAGUGAUGAUAUAAUGAUGCUAUUCAAAUUCUUGACAGACAAGGACGCUUUUGAAUCACACUACAGAAGACUCUUCGCAAAAAGACUAAUUCACGGCAGCUCCUCCAGCGAUGCAGAUGAAGAAGCUAUCAUCCAGAGACUCCAAAGCGAAAACAGCAUGGAAUAUACUGGUAAAAUUACAAAGAUGUUCCAAGACGUCAGAAUAUCUAAAAUUUUAGAAGAAGACUAUGAUGUAAUGGUAAAGAGUUCAACAGAUUUCUCCAAAUCAAAAUAUCCAGACUUACAACCAUUCAUAUUAGCUGAGACAAUGUGGCCAUUUUCAUAUCAAGAGGUAGAUUUCAAAUUGCCCCAUGAUUUAGAGCCCUCAUACAAAAAAUUGGAGGAGAUGUACGCUUCGAAACAUAACGGCAGGAUAUUGAAAUGGUUAUGGCCGUUGUGUCGUUGCGAGAUAAAGGCAAAUAUAGGUAAACCAGGGAGGCCACCUUUUCAAUUUACCGUCACAUUAUUUCAAAUGUCAAUUCUAAACCUAUUCAACGAUUCAGACUCAGAUUGCUUAACAUUGGAAGAUAUUCAAGAGGGUACAAACCUGUCUGUACAGAAUAUCGCAUCGUCGAUGGUGCCAUUCAUAAAGUUCAAACUUGUACAACAAACUCCACCGGGUUUAGAAAAGCUGGUGAAACCUGACACACAGUUCAAGUUGGCCUUACCUUACAGAGCUUUGAAAAGCAAAAUAAACUUUGCAAGUGGAGUGAAGAAUGAUGUUUUGAGCUCGCUGUCGAAUGCAUUCGAUUCUCAAACCAAGAAGAGUGGAGGCUCAACUAAUGGUAGCCAAUUUACAGAGAAUGAGAAAAUCGAAAAGGAAUUAAAUGCCGAAAGGCAAAUUUUUCUCGAAGCUUGUAUCGUAAGGAUUAUGAAGGCAAAGAGGAAACUACCACACACAACGCUAGUGAACGAAUGUAUUGCGCAGUCCCACCAAAGGUUCAACGCUAAAGUGUCAUUGAUCAAGAAAGCAAUUGAUAGCCUCAUUCAAAAGGAGUAUCUGCAACGCUGUGACGAUGGAGAAUCAUAUAAAUACUUGGCAUAA